UUUUCCCACAAAAAUGGAGAUUGAAACAAACAUAAUCUCCACAGAGACCAUCAAGCCAUCUACUUUAACUCCUAAAUCACUAGAAAAACACCACCUCUCAUUCCUAGACCAACUAGCUCCACCCUUCUUCAUGCCUCUCGUCUACUUCUACUCUUCAAACCCCAAAAUCCCCAAUUCCCAAAAAUCAAACCACCUCAAGCAAUCCCUAUCCAAAACCCUCUCCACCUUCUACCCCCUCGCCGGCCGCCUCGUCGGCAACCUCUACGUCCACUGCAACGACGCCGGCGCCCCCUUCUCCGAGGCCGAAGCCGACUGCGACCUCUCACACGUCAUCACCAAUCCAAACCCUGAACACAUGACCAAAUUUCUCCCUUUCGCACUCAACCAAUUCCUUGAUCUCUGCAUGGCCGUUCAAGCCACCUUUUUCCGGUGCGGCGGCGUCGCCGUCGGCCUCUUAGUCUCCCACAAAAUCGCCGACGCGAUCUCCUUCUUCUCCUUCGCCAAUUCCUGGGCGGCCGCCGCUGCCUCUCCGCCCCCAAAAUUCGACGCAGCCGCCUAUUUCCCGCCGCAAGACAUUUCCGUUUACAAACCCACCGCCGGAAUGAUGAAGGAAGAGAUCGCCACCAAAAUUUUCACAUUUCCGGCGAAGAAAAUCGAGAUUCUCCGGGAACGAUACGCCGGCGCCGGAGAUGACUUGCAGCAGCGGCGGCCGACUCGGGUUGAAGCCCUGUCGACGUUUAUAUGGACCAGAUUCAUAUCCGCAAGCGGUUUAAAAGCUGAGGCGGGUAAGAUCUACACGGUUCAGCACGCGAUUAACCUUCGGACCCGGACCGACCCGCCCCUGCCCGAAUACCAUUUCGGGAACAUAUUCCGGAUGGCGAUAGCUAAGCCGGCGGUUGGGGGCAGCGGCGUGGAGCUGGUGCGGAGAGUGCGGGAAGCCAUUGAAGCUGUGGAGGGCGGGGAGCAUUUGGGUUCGUUGAAGGAGAAAAUGGGUCAAGUCGACAAGGGCGAGCUGGUUAGCUUCAGCUUCACGAGUUUGUGUAGGCUUCCCGUUUAUGAGGCGGAUUUCGGGUGGGGCAAACCGGUCUGGGUUGGAUCGCCCGGGCUCUCUUACAAAAAUUCGGUUAUUUUUAAGGAUACAAGAAAUGGAGAUGGAAUCGAGGCGUGGGUUAGUUUGAAGAGAGAUGAUAUGGAGAAAUUCGAGGCUGAUUUGGAGUUGCAGAAGCUUCUUUUUACGUCAUAAACGUAUUUCAAAUUUCGAUUCACAUAGUAAUUCGUAGUUACAUUAUCUUUCUUUUGUUUUGAUCUUGCAAAGUUUGCAUCCCUAGCUAGCUUAUGUUGUCUUGAAAAAUUUCUUUGUUGUA